AUCUCUGUGGGAGAAAGGGACACAAGAUUUCUGGUUGGGGACUGUUGUCCUCUCAGCCAACAGUCAUCAAGUCAUUUUAACUUGCAGUCUUCAAGCUUCCAAUCCUCAGCAUCAUCUUUCCUAACUGGAAUAGGAAAUAAGCAUGGGGCUAUUCCUUCUGCCCCAUUAAUCCCAGGUGUUCAUCCUGACCCUUAUUUCUAUCCUCUUCCUUCUCUUGUCUGGAGUUUAUAUGAAACCAAACAUGGAGUAUACUUUAAGAAGCCAAUAUACGACUAACAGACAUCUCAGCUUGGUACAUCUGCAUUUACUUACUUUCUCCAUUUUCUUCAAAGUUAGUGGAACAAAGAUGAGGCUUUCUCCUCUGUAUCUUUUAUCACUUGAUCUGUGAAGGUCUUCCUCAAAUUGGCAACUUUAGAUUGCAUUAACUUUUUGAUUUUUCUAGCUCUAAUUCCUGACUCCUCUCUCCUGUCCAUAUCUACUUUCACAAAUUCCCUGUUCAUGUAAUGCCUCAAAGUGGCCCGCUCAUAUCAGUUUCUACAUAGCAAGGACCUCACUUCCACAAAUCUCUGUAGGUUUACACUGAUCGUGUCAGAACCCCUCUCUUAGCUUUUAAUCUUGAUGUAAUUUGGACUCUCCACUAACUUUAGUUUCUCAAAUCUAUUUCUUUGGGCCUGGCUUAACACAGGCCAACAUCACCUUGUGCACACUGGCUGCUUCUUAGCUCUGUGUCUGCUGUUGUCAAAGCUAGUGUUCUCAUCUAUUUCUUUUGUUCUGUAUCUCUAUUACCUAACAUCAUGAUUAUUCUCUCCCCUCCCAGUCCCCCAGGUUUUUUUUUUUUGCACUGAGAUAAAAUUCCAGGUCUCUGUUCCAUUAGGCCACCCUAUACCCUUCAAAUCUUUUAUCUACCCUACACACCCACAUCAAAGAGAAUCUUUAAUUUGUGUAGGUUUUUUUUUUUUUUUAUGGGGGGUGGUUAAACAUAAUUUUCUCUAUCUGACUUACAUGUUUUUUGCAAAAUGCUGUCCUGGGUGACUGAAACUCUUCAUCUUUUACAACUUCCCAGCCACCCAUCUUGAAAUUGUUUCUCCAAAUCUUUUCCUCUACAAAGUUGAGGUAAUACACAUAUAUCACUCACCCAAUUCUGUGUAACACAAACUUAACCCUAUAAUAAAUGUGUGACUAUUUAGUUUAUCAUUGUAUAAGGUAUAAUCAUUUUUUUCCUUGGUAGUUUGUACAUGUUUUGUUAUUCACAAUUUUAACCCAUAAACUUCAUAUUCCACAUGGCCUCCAGAAUAUGGCCCCCUACAUAUGUUAAGAAUCUCCUGUAUCAAUUCCUUUUUCUCUCAGUUGCUCUUCCUCCAUCUUUUAAAAUAAGGUCCUCUUCCUCUAUUUACUGAAAUCCUGUUAACCUAUAUGUUUCCAUGAUCUCUGCUUCCUGCAUCUCUUUCUUCACUCUCUUUUGAUUACUUCUCUUUUUCACUUUUCUUCAUCCUUAUUAUUCAUCCUAAUAUUCACCUUCCUUUCCUUCUUCUUGGUCUGCUUUAGCCCCUGUUCUUUCUCUUCUCUGUUUCUGCCAUGACUCACUUCUGUGGUCCAGUUCUAUAUCUCAGUACUUCCUAACAUUCAGUCCAUUCAUCAUCCUCUUCACAUAACUUUUUCAAAGCACAAACUACCAUCCCUGCAAUUCCUCUCCCACCUUCCCUCCUCCUUUUCUCCAGUUUGCUCCUUUCUUUCUCCCCAGUUGUCUACCUUUCCGCCUCUUCAGUUUGCCUUCAUCUAGACUCCUCCUUCCAACAACUCCAGCCCUAAUAGCACUCCUGGGGUCCUUUACUCCUCAGCCUUUUUCUCUCCACCUAAUACUUGUCACCAUUCCCCUCUGACCUCAACUCUCCCUCUUCUUUGUCGCCUUCCAGUUCUCUCCUACUAGUCGCUUCACUCUCUCUUCGCAGGCGCUUUCUCCAAUUCCACCCUCCGCUCCCGCCGGUCUCUGCCCUCUCUCUCUCCGGCUCUCUCUCCUUUGCCUCCGCUCUCCCCUCCUUCUUCUUCCCCCGGCCCUCCCCCUCCCUCCCAGCUUCCCUGCCUGGCUCGCUGCCUCCCUCGCCUCUUGUCUCAUCUUGCCUGUGUUGUCUGGGAGGGGAGCCCUGCCUCCUCUCCCUCGCUCAGAUCAAUGCCCUGGCCACUCACUUUCUGAUGUUGCACGACGGGAAAUGCUUUGAAUACUUACGACAUGGCCGCUCACACUGAUUGCCAAGAUUGACAGCACUAACCAUCGCCUUCACUUGUUUCAAGGGGGAAGCCCCUAGUCACCCCGCUCUGCGCUCACCUCCCGGCACCCCGGCGGCAAACUUCUGCGGGUCAGCGUUCCCCCGCUCGGGGCGGGACACCCCCGCAGACUUGAGUUAACGGGCUUAGCCGGCCGCGGCGCUGGGGGGCUCUACUCUCUUGCUCCCCGGGCUGAGCUAAUUGACCCAGCAACGACUCCCCUUCCUUAAUUUUUUUUUUUUAUUUGUAUCUUUCCCUUUUUUCUUUAAUGCCAUUUACUCCCGCGGCGCAGCGCACAAGGAGCCCUCCCGUGCGGUACCAUCCUGGAGCCCGCCCAGGUCACUUUCAUGAAUUCAAAAGCAAUUUACCAGUGAUUUCUGGGUGCUGGGGCUGAUUUUUUUGUGCGUAUUUAAGAAUGUCUUCCAAGCAAGCCACCUCUCCAUUUGCCUGUACAGCUGAUGGAGAGGAAGCAAUGACCCAAGAUUUGACCUCAAGGGAAAAGGAAGAGGGCAGUGAUCAACAUGUGGCCUCCCAUCUGCCUCUGCACCCCAUAAUGCACAACAAACCUCACUCUGAGGAGCUACCAACACUUGUCAAUACCAUUCAACAGGAUGCUGACUGGGACAGUGUUCUGUCGUCUCAGCAAAGAAUGGAGUCAGAGAAUAAUAAGUUAUGUUCCCUAUAUUCCUUCCGAAAUACCUCUACCUCACCACAUAAGCCUGACGAAGGGAGUCGGGACCGCGAGAUAAUGACCAGUGUUACUUUUGGAACCCCAGAACGCCGCAAAGGGAGCCUUGCCGAUGUGGUGGACACACUGAAACAGAAGAAGCUUGAGGAAAUGACUCGGACUGAACAAGAGGAUUCCUCCUGCAUGGAAAAACUACUUUCAAAAGAUUGGAAGGAAAAAAUGGAAAGGUUAAAUACCAGUGAACUUCUCGGAGAAAUUAAAGGUACACCUGAGAGCCUGGCAGAAAAGGAACGGCAGCUCUCCACCAUGAUUACCCAGCUGAUCAGCUUACGGGAGCAGCUCCUGGCAGCGCAUGAUGAACAGAAGAAACUGGCAGCCUCACAAAUUGAGAAACAACGGCAGCAAAUGGACCUUGCUCGCCAACAGCAAGAACAGAUUGCAAGACAACAGCAGCAACUUCUGCAACAGCAGCACAAAAUUAAUCUUCUGCAACAACAGAUCCAGCAGGUUCAGGGUCACAUGCCUCCGCUCAUGAUCCCAAUUUUUCCACAUGACCAGCGGACCCUGGCAGCAGCUGCUGCUGCCCAACAGGGAUUCCUCUUCCCCCCUGGAAUAACAUACAAACCAGGUGAUAACUACCCUGUGCAGUUCAUUCCAUCAACAAUGGCAGCUGCUGCUGCUUCUGGACUCAGCCCUUUACAGCUCCAGAAAGGUCAUGUCUCCCACCCACAAAUUAACCCAAGGCUAAAGGGCCUAAGUGAUCGUUUGGGCAGGAGUUUGGACACCUUUGAACAUGGUGGUGGCCACUCUUACAACCACAAACAGAUUGAGCAGCUCUAUGCCGCUCAGCUGGCCAGCAUGCAGGUGUCACCUGGAGCAAAGAUGCCAUCAACUCCACAGCCACCAAACGCAGCAGGGGCAGUCUCACCUACUGGGAUAAAAAAUGAAAAGAGAGGGACCAGCCCUGUAACUCAAGUUAAGGAUGAAGCAGCAGCACAGCCGCUGAAUCUCUCAUCCCGACCCAAGACAGUUGAGCCUGUAAAGUCCCCAACAUCUCCCACCCAGAGCCUCUUCCCAGCCAGCAAAACCAGCCCUGUCAAUCUGCCUAACAAAAGCAGCAUCCCCAGCCCCAUUGGAGGAAGUUUGGGAAGAGGAUCCUCUUUAGGUAAAUGGAAAGGUCAACACCAGGAAGAGACUUAUGAAUUAGAUAUCCUGUCCAGUCUCAACUCUCCUGCCCUGUUUGGGGAUCAGGAUACAGUGAUGAAAGCUAUUCAGGAGGCUCGGAAGAUGCGAGAACAGAUCCAGCGGGAGCAACAACAGCAACAGCCACAUGGUGUUGAUGGGAAACUGUCUACCCUGAAUAAUAUGGGGCUGAACAACUGUAGGAAUGAAAAGGAAAGAACGCGCUUUGAAAAUUUGGGGCCCCAGUUAACAGGAAAGUCAAGUGAAGAUGGAAAGCUGGGCCCAGGUGUCAUCGAUCUUACCCGGCCAGAAGAUGCAGAGGGAAGUAAAGCAAUGAAUGGCUCUGCAGCUAAACUACAGCAGUAUUAUUGUUGGCCAACAGGAGGCGCCACUGUGGCUGAGGCACGCGUCUACAGGGAUGCCCGAGGCCGGGCCAGCAGCGAGCCACACAUCAAGCGGCCAAUGAAUGCGUUCAUGGUUUGGGCAAAGGAUGAGAGGAGGAAAAUCCUUCAGGCCUUUCCUGACAUGCAUAACUCCAACAUUAGCAAAAUCUUAGGGUCUCGUUGGAAAUCCAUGUCCAACCAAGAAAAGCAACCUUAUUAUGAGGAGCAGGCCCGGCUAAGCAAGAUCCACUUAGAGAAGUACCCAAACUAUAAAUACAAACCUCGACCGAAACGCACCUGCAUUGUCGAUGGCAAGAAGCUCCGGAUUGGGGAAUACAAGCAACUGAUGAGGUCUCGGAGACAGGAGAUGAGGCAGUUCUUUACUGUGGGGCAGCAGCCUCAGAUUCCAAUCACCACAGGAACAGGUGUUGUGUAUCCUGGUGCUAUCACUAUGGCAACUACCACACCAUCACCUCAGAUGACAUCUGACUGCUCUAGCACCUCGGCCAGCCCAGAGCCCAGCCUCCCGGUCAUCCAGAGCACUUAUGGUAUGAAGACAGACGGCGGAAGCCUGGCUGGAAACGAAAUGAUUAAUGGAGAAGAUGAAAUGGAAAUGUAUGACGACUAUGAAGAUGACCCCAAAUCAGACUAUAGCAGUGAAAAUGAAGCCCCGGAAGCUGUCAGUGCCAACUGAGGAGUGUUUGUUUGCUGAAUUAAAAUACUCUGACAUUUCACCUCCCCUCCCCCAACAAAAAAAAAAUUCUUAAAGAGCCCGCAUGCAUUUGUGGCUCCACAAUUACAUCAGCAGAAUGGUCUUAAUUGUUUCGUAAAGCGUGAGACAGAUUAAGUUUUCCCUGAUUUUUCAUGAACUUGAGUUUUUUUGUCGUUAUUGUUAUUGUUGUUGUUGUUUUUUAAUUUAGGUGAAGACAUAUUAAAUAUGAGACACCAGGACUUGAAAACUUAUCUCAACCCAUAGCUGUCUUACAAGUCUUAUAUUUUUGUCUUACUUUUUUCUUUUGGAUGUUGAUAAAGGUUUAAGUUACUGUUUUAGAUGGGGUUAAACAUUCUCACUCAGGUAUGCUGUGCCGGCCUACAGGUUGUGAAUGUGUUUUUAUUCUGAAUUAUUUUAGAAAACAACUGAGAAUUUCAUAUUGUGAAACAGAACAAGUCCACGGCGUGUGCAGCUGCAUGCAGAGCAUAUUCAAAAGGCCUCGGAAUUCCAUUUUUCCACGUGUAGAGUUAAACUUUGAAUGUGCCAAACUUUUGCAUAACUUUUGAAUCUUAAUAUUUUGAAAGUCUUAAAGGAGACACUGCAAAGUCUUAGACAAUCUUUGGCAUCUUAAAAUAGCAAACCACACAUAUUUUUUUUUUUUCCAGAAAAUGGUAAAGUACUCAGGAAUCUGGAGACAAGAUAUUGUAAGGAAAGAACAAGGCUGCCACAGUGCAUGUACCCAGUCGUGUUUGCCUCCUGAUGUGCCAUCAGUGUGACGUGGUAUGACGUGCACGCACUAGAGCGAUCACCACACCAGAUAGCGACACGGUGGUCUUCUCUGCCUGAGACCACCUCUCACUACAUCCAUUAUCCCUUUGCCUUUAACCCUGACAUUCAGUCUUAACACAUUUUUCUCUUAAAUAAUUUAUUCAUUCCAGAAUGUCAAGGGUCCACUUACUAUUUAUUUUAAAAAAAAAUUUGUUGGUGGCAUUAAUUUAAUAAUUCUUUUUUCUCACCCUCCUUCCCCAAAGAACUUUUCAACCCUUUUCACCUCCUUCUCCUGCUAGAUACAAAAGAUGUACAUAGUGAUUUUAUGUCCCCAGAACAUCUGGAAGCAUUUCUGAAACAAGAUACUACUAAAUACCUAUAUAGUUGUUUUUGAACAUCGGUGUAUAUAUGGCUAUAGAGCUGUGUAUUUGGAUACAGGUGUAGAGACUUACACUUCAACAGGAAUGUCCCUGAGGUUCACCAUGACUUUGAAUCUUUUGCCAGAAUUUCCCCCUAAUUCAGUUAAGCCACAAGUGGUAGGAUCUGCGUCGGUGGCAUUUCCCCUGAAUGCCAUUCAGCAGCAAGGGUCAACAGUGGUGACUGCCAGGCAGGAGAGUCCUGCGGCCAAUCCUAAAGCCCAAAGCUGUGGGCCAUGUAGGAGUCCACAGGGAUGCUCUCAUGGGCUGGCAUCUCUUCACUGAGCUGCCUGUCCCAUCUGGCACAUCUAGGGAGUUCUUUGCAAAAUCCCCAGGAUGCAAGAAGCUGCAUGACAGCCUCAGAGCAAAGACAGAGGCAAAUUGUCAUGAUACAUCCAGAGAAUGAAAGAAAACCAUAGGGAGGGAGAAGGAGGGGAAAUACAUUCCCUAAGUGGGAUGUUCCUACUGUUAACUCUGGGGAACAGAUCACUCCUGGGGCAGCAGACGAGUUCCUCUGGCUCACUCCCUCCAUCUGUGGCCACGUGGGGGUCAUGCCUAUGUGUGAACAAGAUUAACUACCCAUGUCACACAAGGAGUUUUCUGGAGAUGUGCUGAUGCGUUGGGAGGGCAAUGAGGCUUCCUUCCUCAUCUCCUAAUGACAGGGAGCUCGGCCAUGCCAUCUUGACCUUCCUGAAUCCAGGACUGAUUGCCUAUGGGGGAGCCUCACCCCGAGUAGUUCAAUGGGAGAAUGUCAGCAAAUGGGACAGUUCACCUCAUGGGACAACCAGAAUCUGAUCACCAGGACAUAGGAACGGCCCCAUCAGAUUUCUUGAGCCAUUUCGUCACUUGGAAGAAAAUAGUGUACCUUCGUAUUUAUUUAAGAGUGCUCACGGCCAUACCUAAGAGCGAUAAAUAGGUCUAGCCAAGACGUUACUGUCUAUGUCAUUAGCUAGGAGUGCUCUCUAUAAGCUGAUUUAGGUACUGAUAGGAAUGUUUGGUUCUUAAUAUUGAUUGGGGAUUGGAACUUUGUUUUUGUACAUUUAUUUCAAAUGAGGAGGAGGUCAUUUUUCUAAAAAAAAAAUGAGUAUUUAUUAUUGUCUUACUGGUUUCUUUUGAUUAUAUACCUCUCCUCCUCAGCUCAUUCUCACAUUUUUUUUCCUCUUUCUCUUUGAUUCUUGCUUUUGCCCUCUCCCACUCCUUUUUGAUUUUGUUGCAUAGGUAGAGUGCUGUAUGGCUAGCAUUGUAUUGUAUGUAAUUAAUUUUGCACAAAGGCAAACAUUUAGAAUAGUAGGUUAAUUUUGUUUGUUUUUAUGACCAUGCCAAAAUAAUAUUCUGGGCUGGUGGAGAACAAAGGACUGUUCUUUAGGACUGAAACUUGAUUUUGCUUGUAGUUUAAAAAAAAAAAAUGAAACAAAAAAAAGAAAACAACACAAAAAACCAACAAAAAAACACACACACUCACAGAUGUUGUUUCGUAAGUGUUAUAAGCACUGGAUAUAAAUGGUAUUUUUUAUCACUUCUGACUAAUGUGAAGCUGUUGUACGAAAACUACAUGAACAAAAGUCAUCUGUUUCGACUCGUGUGGGCUUGCCUCACAGUUGCCGGAUUUGAGUCAUUUUUAUGUCUUGUUAUUUCAUUUAUUUAUGCAAAAUACAUGUGUGUAUGAACACUUUGUUUUAGCUCCAGCUCUGCCUCAGUACUGGGGUUCAGUUACUCCUAGCCAUGUUCUUAAAAAUGAAAGGCUAUUCAGGAAUGAUCUGAUUGUAAACGUCUCUUUCAUUGGGUCAAACAGUGAUGCUGUAUUUGAAUCUAAAUUCUGCACAUAAGCAGUUUAUUCUAUUUAUUAGCCAAGUUUGGCUCUAAAUAUCCAUGGAAAUUAAGAAUGACAAUCAUAGGGAUCACUUCAUUUUAUUUUCAGUGGGGCUUAAACAAAGUUUUUAUGAUUUUACCAUCUCAUUUUAGAUUUUUCUAAUUGUGUAAAUAUAACAUAGAAAUAGAAUUUAUUUUUGGUUCAUGAAUAUUUAGUGAAAUAUAAGUUAUGUAUUUCCUUUUCGUUCUCUAUCCAUGUAUGUUGGUCCAGACUAGAAGUUGAUAAGUCACUGUACCUCAUGGGGUAGUGAGUUAUCAGCCACAGUGAGAGAGCAGCCCCACUUGCAGCUGGAGCAGGAAAACCCUUCACUCGGGUUCUUGUACGGUUUAGAACCCACUGUCCACAGACUCAGCCUUUCACUUUUUUUCUCAUAGAAAGCUGAUGAAUUGAACAUGGUGAAUUUCCAGCACAGCUGGGAGGGAGUCAAUUUGCUCUGUGAAUCCACAUGAAUCUUAUAAGGUAGUUCCAUGACCAUUUAAUAAGCAUGAAGCAUGAAUGCCAUUAUAAAGGCAAAAAUCUGCCUCUGAGAUUGGCCGUUAAUGAAAGCCUCAUCAUGCCAAUUAGAUUAAAGAAUGUUAAUCAACUUUUUUUUCAUUGCUCCCUGUUUCACAAUAUCUUCAAAUCAAAGGUAAACAUCUCCAUUUUGUUAAAGAACUUGCAGGAUCAGGAUUUUCCUUGUCACUUAGAAUAGGGACACUGACAGACAAUCCUGUCCUAAAGAAAUGGACCAUAUGGAAGCGAAGGGAAGAAGGAAGCGAAGAAAGAAGGAAAGGAAGGAAGAAAGAAAAGAAAGGAAUCAAAGGAAAGAAGAAAGAGAGAAGAAAAGAAGAAAGAGAAAGAAAGGGAAAGAAAGAAAGAGAGAGAGAAAGAAAAGGUCAGUCUGUGGACAGGAGCAGCCAGUUGAGCAGUUUCUCUGUUUCGCUGGCAGACGUGAGGUGGUAUCUUUUCCAGAAAGGUACGAAAGCUUUGUUGUUUUCACCUGUAUUCAGCUCACCCUUUUAGGAGCACAUCAGUUUGCUCCUCUUGGUAUUUGAUACUCCCCAACCUUGUCCUCAGGCCUGAUUUGAUUUGCCAGGGUCCCAACACCAUCUCUCAGGCCAAGUUCUAAAUUCAGGUGUGGGCUCACAGUGCUAUUGAGCUUGUCAAAUUCUGGCCUCCCCUGAACAUUAGCCCCACUGGAGCCUGGGGUGUUUGAAAAGGGUGUGAUCACUCUAGGGCUGAAAUUAAAGGCUUCUUUCUUUUCCUUAUGAAGCCAGGCUGCUUCUCCGGAGCACACCCUCCCAAGCAGGGGGGCACAGGCACUAGUGAAAGCCGGGAUUGUUUCGAGGAAGCCCAUCUACCCCCAGUAGGAAGGCAGCCUGGUCACACCACAGCUGAGGCUGCUCCUCUUAAUUCACUCAUUCUGCAAAGAGGUGACCUCUACCUACUCAUUAAGGAAAAGAAAAAGAAUCGCUUCAUAGUUUCAAACCAUACGAGAAGUCCUGUAUCAAGUGCCAACAACUGCAAAGAAUGCAGCUAGAGGAAUGUAUUGAAAUUAUUACUGGGUCUUCCUUUUUAAUGAGAAUAUGACAAAAAAUGGUUGCUGUAGCCUUGCCUGAUUUUGUAUAUGUUUGUCUAAGGACUGAGUUGGCACUUAAGCUCACUUCUCAAAGUAUAAUAAUAUUGUAUGACCUCAUUUGUCCUUUUACAAAAGCACUUGCAUCAUUUCCUUAAGUCAUCUGUCCCCUGACAUGUUUUCUUCCUUAAUAAACAACUUCUGUCUGUUAUUCCUGCCGAUUAUGUUCUGUUUCUGAUGCCAUGUACUAUUGAGCGUAACCCUCUGCUAAUAUCACUGAAAAUACUGAUAUGCAAACCCUUUUCCCUUUCAUCCCCACCCCAUCUUUUCCUUUGGGGACAGAUUUCUUUCCCAAAGCUCAUGAACAAGUAUUGGGAAUGCUGGUACCUUGGAGGCAGUGCUAGAGGUGGGAGGGGGCAAGGCAGAAAGGUAAAACUUCGUGCAGAUUCUCUUCUGAUUGUCGUCCAUGGCAACACGAAAGCUUAAAGGCAACUCAGUGACGUAUCUUGCUCAGUAGUUUCUUAUUCCUGAAGAUCCACAAGCAGACAGUGAGGCCUCAGUGCUGGUGCUCUUGGAGUAUGGGGAAUGUGCAAAUAUUUAACUGUUUUGUAUGCUGCACAUUGCAGACCUGCUCACGUGCAUUCUCCGUUUGUCUUCUUUUGUCAUAUGUGUUUUUGCUUUUUUUGAAAAAGUGCAGUCUUUAUUGUACCCUUCUCCAGCUUGUAGCAAAUUAGAAUGCUUAGCAUUUAUGUUCAUUCAUUAUUGUAUUUGCCAUGUAAAAUUUUUAUUACCUUAGACAAGCUUAUAAGCUGUUACUACAUAACUUAUCUUAUUGUAACUCUUUUAUUUCCCGACAUUGUAAUUUGUUUGUGAUGUAUAUUGUGAGAUUGUAUUCUAUGUUAAUUUAAUCAGCACAAUUCACUGACAUGCUGGACUGACAUGCUAGCUGCUGUUUCCAAGUGUAAAGUUUGUGUAGGGCUGUUGAGACAACUGCUACUCCGUUGUCAAGGUACUGUGCUGGUUCCCCUAGCAACACUGCGGGUGUGGCCCUUGGGACGCUGAGGGCAUCGAAUACACCCUUGAGCAAGUUUUAACUGCAGAUUUCCUUUGUAGAAAUUCUAUGUAUAAUGCAGGUACCUACUUGGCCCAUGGCUGGUAACUAUUUGGGCAAUUAGAAAAAAAAAAAAAACAAGAACCAUAAAAACUAGUGUCUAUUGCUGCUUUGAAUAUGUUUGAAAGUCUGAAAAUGUAAAUAGUUUAUCAAAAAAAAAAUCUUGUACAGUCCAGUGUAAAGUUUUUAAAUGACCUUAAAAGGGUUGUCAUCACAUCUUUCUCACACUCUCCUCCUGAUAAUGGAAAAAAAGUUUGCUAAGGAUUAAAGAAAUGAGAAAAACAAAACAGAGAAUCUCUUCAGAUUUCAAGGAAUGAAUCAUUGUUCUUAGCUUUGUUGCAUACACACACUUCUUGGAUUUCGUUGUGCAGUAUUGAUGUGAGAUAAAACUCAACAUUGAAUAACCUUUCAGUGGUACUUUGCAAAGUCUUCCCCUCCUCUGCCUCAUAAUUAAGGGAAAAGACAAAACUGAAAGACACACUGUCUUUAUCUAUCCUGGUGUAUGUUGGCACCUUAGCUACUUUUUUUUUUUUUUUCCUUUUUGCACAAGGUGCUUUCCUGAUAUGUUAAACAUGCCAUCUUUGGGUGAUAAUGUAUAUGCCAUGGUGGGGCCUAGGCCCCUCAGGGGAGUGUCUAUAAGAACUGCCUAUUUAUGCUCAUUUACCUCAAGACUGUCCUCUCUACCCUUAAUCUAGUCGUCAUCACUCCAUCUUUUGUACUGCUGUUGACACUUACAAAUUAAAGAUAAAUUUUGUUUUAUGA